AUGUCUACUGUCUUAAAAUAAUAAGCCAAAAGAGAAAUCUAAAGAUAAAUUGAUGCUAGAAGAUUAGCUUAAAGUCAACAAAGUAAUCAUCCUUAUUUGAACAACUUUAAAAAUAGAAAAGGAGUUUAAUCUCCUAAAUAUGUUGGAUUUGUCAGUAAUUAUAAUUCACUGGAUACCUUUAGAAAAGAAUUAGUCUAUGGAUAAUAUUCAUUUUCUAAUGAUAUAACUAAUAAGAAACAAUUAGUAGAUGAAGUCUUUUCUAAAACUAAUACUAAUGUAAAAAGAGAAUUGUUUGAUAUUAUAUAAUAGUAAUUUGAAACUGAAUUAUAUUAAAUGAAUACUAAAUUAAAUUUGUAGCAUUUAGUUGAUAAAUAUAAUAGUUAUUAAUAGAUUAUGUAAAAAUUUAUGAAGAAUGUUAUUAAUAAUAUUGAAGAAUAUAAAUCUAAAACUGAACUUGCUGAACAGUUAGUCAAAGAAAAAGAAAUCUAAAUCAAUGACUUAACUGUGAAAUUUGAAGAAUUAUAAUCAAUGUUUAAUAAAUCUUCUCAUACAGAUAGACCUAUUAAAUCAAAGAAAGGCGACUCCAAAAAAUAAAGUGAAUUGUAUAUGGAGAAUUUCAGGUUGAAAAAUGAAAUUGAAAAAAUACAAGAAAGAUUGUAAACACUUGAAAAAUUAUCUGAUGUUUAAAAACUAUAAUUAGAUGUUGUUAAUAUUAAAUAAAAUGCAUAACUUAAAAUGAAUGAAUUACUUAAAGAAAAUGAAAUUAAAGAAAAAUAACUUUAAAAACUUAAUUUGCAUUAUUAGAAUAUUAAAUCAUAAUAUACAAAAUUAGAAAAUGAAUCUAAAGCGUAUUAAACUGUUUUUGAAGCAAAUAAAUAUUAAUUAGAUAAAUUAAUCUUAGACAAUGAAAAACAUACUAAUUUAAUGAAUAAAUAUAGAGAAAUUGCAAAUAUGUAAAGAGAAGACUUUGAAUAAAGACUAUUUUAUUACAAAGAAGAAUUGGCAAUUGCUGCUAAAGCAAGAGAAAAAUUAUCUUAAUUAUAAAAUAAAUUAGAUAGAUUUCAAAUAGAAAAAUCAAAAGAGGUUGAACCUUAACCAAAUUAAUAACAUGAAAAAGAGAAAACUGGAUUGGAAAAAUUUGCAAGUUUAUUCUCAAAUGAUAAGACUUUCUUUAGAUUGACUCAUUAAUCAUUACUCUAAGAUAAAGGAAGGAUUGUAUCAAGAACUGGACAUAGUAUAAUUUAGAUGGAAUCUCAUUUUAAUUCUUAAGAUAUUUAAUUAGAUAAAUUCACUAUUGGGUUCUCACCAUUUGUAAUUUUUAUUGAGCAUCAUAAAAAAACCUUAGAAAGUGAAUUUGCAGGUUUAUAAUAUAAAAGGCCAAGUUUAUAAUUAUUAGUGAUAAUGAGACAUAUUUUAGAUGCAAAAUGGAAUGAAAUAUAAAUGAAUUAAUAAUAGUCAAGAUUUCCAGAAUUUGUUUAUUCUUGGUUAAUGAAUUUUAAAAUUGAUUACAAUCAUAAAUGUAUAAAAAAGAUAGAAUUUGAUAAUUAAAGAGUAGAUGAUUAAAUAGUUAAAUUUAUAGUAGAUUUUUCUAAUCCUGUAUUAGAGAAGAAUUGGGAAUGCGUAACAUUUUAAGAAUUUUUGAAUGAUUUUUCAUCUCAUGAUGAAAUUUACUUUUUUUUAUAUGCAAGAAAUCUUUUAUUUAGAGGUCCUUAAUGUUAAAAUCAUUAAGCUUUUUAUGAACCUCAUCAUUAUAUUCCAUUAUUAUAAGCUGAUUUUAUUGUUACUCAUUUGUUUUCUCAAUAUGAAGUAUCAACAAUUUAAUAAGUUAAAAGAGUACUAAAAGAAAGAGCAGUAAGGAAAAUAUAGAAUAAAAAUGUAUUUAUAAUUGAAGCUGCUUUUGUUUUAAGAAUUUUGUUAGAAUUUUAUAGAGUAGAGAGAAGAAAUAGAUAUAAAAUGUUUAAAAUUGCAUUUGGUAGUAGGGCAACUAAUAUAAGUUUUAAAUAAUUUAAGAUUGUUCUUAUUAGUAAUUAUCCUAAAAUAACAGAUUUGGAGUUAGCUACACUUUAUAGAGAAGCAUAUUCUUUUACAGGAACUGGAGUUUCUAUUGAUUCUUUUUAUACUAUUGCUAGUGAAAAUGGAUUUUUUACUAAAAAUUUAAAAAUAUAAAAUCUCACUUAAUUGCCUCAUUUUAUAAAUGAAUAAUUUGCAUUUGAUCCAUCUCAAUAAUAAUUUAUACUUGUAACUGAGGCUUAUAAAAGAGUAUUAUUUAUUAUAUUAAUUAGUUUAUUAAUUAAUAAAAACCAGUGAAAGAACUUUUAGUUGAAAUUGGACUAGAAACAUUGUUUAAUGAAUUUGAAGAGUUUGAAAAUUUUAUUGAAACUAAAUUUUCAUCUCUUUAAAGUAGUUAACUGAGCUUUGUUUAAAUGACUGAUAAAUAUAUGUGUGUUAUCAGAAACAUUAAUCAUCUACUCAAUAGUAGAUUAUAUUUAUAAGACAUGUAUGAAUCUUAAUUUAUUAUAGAAUUCCUUAAGGAUCUACAUUUUAGAAAUUACAUGAUGAAAAAUAAAAAUAACAGUUAUAAUAAAAUAAGGAUGCUGUAAUUAUUAGUUCAGAGAAUUUUAAUAGAUAAUAUAUUAAAAAAGAUGAUUUUACUCAUGAAGUUGAAUUAAUCAAAAAUUAAUUAGAUUGUUUAUAACAUUUAGCUAAUUAUUUUGAUUCAAAAGAUUUAAUGAGAAAGAAAAUAGAGAUGGGUUAACAAAUUUCAGCCAAAAAAAUAUAGAAAUUUGUUAGAAAAAAGAUGAAUAAAUUUUAUAGUUUCAUUAGUUCAUUGUUAAAUGCAAAAUUUAAAUCGAAUAUCAAAAUUAAAUGA